CGUAGUGGCCGCCUUUCAUCCGGUACACGCGGUCGAGGUCCGUCGUGACAAACGUCGAGUAGUUAACAAAUUGAGUCCUAAAUUUUCUACGUAGAUUACCCGGAUUCUGCACGAGAGUGUAUGGUGUGAAAUUGACUGUAUUCGUGCGAGAAAAUGGCGCGAUAUGGACAGAGACCUGAAAAUGCCCUAAAAAGGGCGAAUGAAUUCAUCGAAGUAGGCAAACCAGCUCGAGCAUUAGAUACAUUGCAAGAAGUCUUCCGGAAUAAAAAAUGGACGUACAACUGGUCAGAGUCUGUAUUGGAACCUAUAAUGUUCAAAUACCUAGAUCUUUGCGUAGAACUGAAGAAAUCACACAUAGCAAAGGAGGGCCUAUUUCAGUAUCGAAAUAUGUUCCAAUCUGUAAAUGUUGGAAGUUUAGAAAACGUUAUUCGUGGAUAUUUACGUAUGGCAGAAGAAAAGACAAAUCAGGCACGGAAACAAAGUCAACAAGCUGUCAUAGAUAUAGAUGAUUUGGAUAAUUUAGCUACACCUGAAAGUAUUUUGUUGUCUGCAGUCAGUGGGGAAGAUGCACAAGACAGAAGCGAUCGUACCAUUCUGACACCAUGGGUGAAAUUUUUAUGGGAAUCAUACUGUCAGUGUUUGGAGUUACUCAGAACUAAUGCCCAUGUAGAGACGCUUUAUCAUGAUAUUGCUCGCAUGGCCUUCCAGUUUUGUCUCGAGUACAAUCGUAAGACUGAGUUUCGCAAGCUAUGUGAAAAAUUGCGUAAACAUUUAGAAGAAAUUUGUAAAUUACCAGCCCUUGUUUCUAACGUUUCUAUGAACAGAGCUGAAACGCAACAACUGAACUUGGAAACGCGUUUGAAUCAACUCGAUUCCGCUAUUCAAAUGGAGUUGUGGCAAGAAGCCUUCAAGUCCUCCGAGGACGUUCACGGUAUGAUGAACUUAUCCAAAAAACUCCCGGUACCAAAAACCAUGGCCAAUUAUUAUCAGAAAUUGGCCAUGGUUUUCUGGAAAGCAGGAAAUUACCUUUUCCACGCUGCCGCGUUGUUUAAGUUGCUGCAGCUCUCCCGUGAAAUGAAAAAGAACAUGUCCUUGGAGGAACAGCAGAGAAUGGCAAAUCGUGUUUUGUUGGCUACGUUAUCUAUUCCACUGCCAUCAGCUCACCCCGAGUUCGACCGUUUUAUCGAAACGGACAAGAGUCCAUUGGAAAAGGCUCAAAAACUCGCGACACUUUUAGGACUCACGCAACCACCCACGAGAGUUUCGUUGCUUAAAGAUAUCGUUCGCUUGAACAUCGUCAAUUUAGCAUCUCCCCAAUUACAAGAGCUAUACUCUUGGUUAGAGGUUGAGUUCCAUCCUUUGGAGUUGUGCAGUCGAGUAGAUUCUGUUAUCCGGACGUUACAGGCGGAGGAGAACAACCCUUUGGUUCAGUAUAUUCCAGCCUUGCAAGAUGUAACACUGGUACGUUUGGUUCACCAGAUAUCACAAGUUUAUCAGACCAUACAAUUCGCCAGACUACUGGAACUCGCCAAAUUUACGACAGAUUUUCACCUGGAACGUCUGUUGGUAGACUGCGUGCGUUAUAACGACAUGCAAAUAAGGAUCAAUCACGGAAAGAAAUGCGUGCACUUUGGGGUUGACCUAUCCGAAGCCCAAAGAGAAGAUCAUCCUGAUGGUCCUGUAUUGCAAGCUAUGCCUUCUGAACAAAUUCGUUGUCAACUUGUAAAUAUGGCCACUGUACUGCAUCGUGCGAUUAACAUCAUCAAUCCGAACAAGAAGAAGAUGGAACGAGAGAAACUUCGUGCUGCCAUGGUGAACCAUUACCACGAGACCAAGAUGAAAGAGCACCAGAGAAUCUUAGGAAGGCACAAGAUCAUAGAGGAACGAAAGGAGUACAUCGAACACAUCAACACAGUCCGCGAGGAAGAGGAGAUGCGACGACAGGAAGAAUUGCAAAGGCAGCAGAUGUUAGCGGAACAGAAGAGGUUGGAACAAGAAAGAGAAGAGCGGGAGAGGAAACGGCAACAGAGCGAGAUCCAACAGAUCAAGGAUCGUCAUUUGAAGGAGAAGAUGCAGCAGAUUUCUCAAACUAGUCAUGGUCAAAAGGUGUUGAAGAAGUUAGACGAGGACGAGAUCAAAAAAUUAGACGCUGAACAAAUAGCGGCCAGGGAAGCCGAAGAGUUGCAGAAGGAGCGCAGAGAGAUGCAACAGAAAUUGAAGUCGCAAGAAAAGAAGAUCGACUACUUGGAACGUGCCAAGCGUUUAGAAGAAAUACCGUUGCUGGAGAAAGCGGUCGAAGAAAAGAUGGAGUUGGCUAAGCAGCGUUGGGAGCAACAGGAAGCUGAACGAAUCGCUGCUGCCAUCGAGGAGAGACAGCAGGCUGUCGCGACGAGGGAACGUAUGGCGAGAAUGAAAGAGGAUCACGAUAGUUUCUUAGCGAAGAUUCUGGCCGAACGUAAGAAUAUUUAUUUGGAGAAAUUGAAGGAGUUCGAGAAAAUCCUGAACGAAGAAAGGGCUAGUAGAUUGCUGAAACGUAAAAUGGAGCGUAAGGCAGAACGCAAAGCGAAAUGGGAAAAAGAACGCGCUGAAGCUAUCGAAAGAAGACGUCAAGAAGAGCUACGCAUCAAACAGGAAGAGGAGAAACGGCGACUGGAAGAAGAGAGGGCCAAGAGAGAAGAAGAAGAGAGAAUAAGGCGCGCAGAAGAAGAGGCGAAGGAAGCUGAACGUUUGGCCAAGAUCGAAAGACAGGCAGAAAUCACUAGAGCCAGAGAAGCUGAGAUCGAGCGGAAGCUGGAGGAAGAAAGACAAAGAGAAAAAGAAAUGUCAGAUACGUGGAGACGCGGUACCGAACCCCGCCAUCGUGUCCAAGACAAACCAAUGGAAAUGUCUUGGCGUCGUCCUAUGGACAUAAAAGACGACGGUAACAAAGACGAUUCUUCGCGCUGGAAGAGACGCGAGACUUCGGAUAAAUGGCGAAAGGACGACGACAAACCGAAGAAGGAUACCGCUGAUAGAUGGAGGAGAGACGACUAUGACAACAAAGACGAUACAAGAGACAGAGAUAGGGAUAGAAUAGAUAAAGAUCGUGGAAUGGAUGGACGUUCGGUAAAUAUGCGUGACGUUUUACGCGAUUCAACGUCGGACGGCUCUCGCGGUAGUCGUGGCAGGAUGCCUGAUCGUAGAACUCAUCGUCGCGAAGACACUAUGCGUAACAGCGGUGCUCAAAACUGGCGCGACAAAACCGAUACAAUACAAAAUUCUCCUAGGGAUCUACCAAGACGCGAUGAUAAACGAGACGAACUGAAAGAAGAUAGACUUCCACCGAAACAGGAGGAAAGAAGACGACCUCCAGAGGAUGAUGGUUGGUCGCAGGUGAGUCGGCGUUAACAUAGGACUGGAAAGUUACCAAUAGAGGCAAUGUUUAUUAUCCUUCGAGAACUGUGCAUAAUAUGCAGUUAGACUUUUGCCUGGAACUAUCGAUGGGCCCAACUCUACUGUUUUGUGCACCGUUUCAUUUUUCUCCGAUAUACUCGUACAACAGAUCAAUGAUACAGCACAAAGACGGUGGGUCGUAGCCAAUUCACACGUAUCAUACAAAGGAAAUAAAAUAAUCGGAAUGUAAUGUUACAACCGGAAACGACAACAUUCAGUUUUUAUGAUUUUUCUAUGGUAUUCAACGAUUUUCUAAAUCAAUCACGCUGCGUUACAUUUAUUGAAUUUGUAAAUAAAACGAAGAAAAACCGCUCUGACAUUAUGUAUAUUUACGAAUUAUUGUAUCGCAUUUCAUGUCAAAUAUGAAUCAAUGUACAGAGCAGAAGAGAUGGUGAAACGAGUGCGAGUGUCAACGAAUUGGUUAGGUCUUCUAACGGCAGAGGUUAAUGGUCUCAAAACGUAAAUAAAGGUCUCUUGUAUCCUAA